CAAUUAGCCGUUGCCUGUUACCACUUUCGUCUGCUGUGGAUUGGGAUAAAAAUUACUUGUUAAUUGAGCUGUUUCUACUGAACAUUUUAUCUUUCAAAAUGAACUGUAAGGUUGUGAUAAUUCUGUUUUUGGUUAAUUUUACGGUAAUGCAUGCUCAACGAAAGAAAGAUCUAAAUGAAGAGGAGCUCGCCAAAUUGAAAGAACAAACUGGAAUCGACCCAAACGAGGUAUCUGACGAUGCCAUAAUACUUAGUCCACCCAAGUUGACUGAGGAAGAUGAAGGUUCAAAAUUUAUGCCAGAAGCAUAUCGAUGUGAUGCAUGCCGCUCAAUGUCUUAUCUGGUAAUAAAUUAUAUUAAUAUAGUCAUAUAGUAAUUAGUUUGCAGAAAGUGCAUAAUGGAUCAUAGUACUAUAGUACGCAUGCAUCUCUACUUCAUCAUUCACAAAGACUUCAAAGAGUUGGAGUUAGAGCAUUUCAUUAUUAAUCAUUGGAAAUGGCUGAAUUUCAGAAUUCUAAUGACACCAAGAUAAUCUUUCUAGCAGGGGCGUCAUUUCAAGGGGGGGGGAACCAAAGCUUGGUCAGCUUGUUAAGUUGUUUAUUACUGGUAGCGCCACAGUAGGCCUACACACUACACAGCAAUUUAAAUAAAACCUGCAAAUUUAGGGGGGUGGGUGGCAAAUGCCCCACCCAAAUGACAUCCUUGCUUUCUAGUUUAAUUUAUAGGAUAAAAGUUAUGAAAUUUUUAGUGAUUUAUUUUCCCCCACUAUUUAGCUUUGUUAUUAAUUAUUAAUUCUAAAAACUGUGAUCAAAUCAUUACUCUUUUUGUACUAUUUUGUUUGUAUCUUUUUAGCUAUUAAAUUAGUUAGGAGCUACAAUUUGAAGGGGACAUUUUUAAUAGAAUGAUAAACCAAAAAAAACAUAUGAAUUGUGAAUUAAUAUAUUAUGUUUAAUAAAAUAUGAUCAUAAGGUUCGUUAAAGACAUUUCAUUUGUCGAAAAGAAAAAAUAUUUAACAUAAAAAAUGACAUAACUAUUAAACCAAUAAAUCAAUACAAUAAGGUGUUCAGUAGCCUACUCACAGAUAGUGACUAAGCAUAUCUGAAAAGAAUGCAAUUUUUAAAGUAUGUAUAAAGUAUAGAUAAUAAAAUUUAUGAAAUUUUAGAAAAAACAUUAAAUGAAAAUGGACUAGGCCUAGGCAGGGACAAGAAAUUUUUACAUUCAAAUAAUAACUUUUAAACUAGUAAUGCUACUGCAAUGAAAUUUUCAGUCCAAACACAUAGUGACAAUCCAAAUGUAAUAAAAUACUCAUAAUAUUACAAAGAAAAUUUAAAACAUUGUAUAUAACAUUUAAAAAAUUAAUUGUGGUUGGUGGUUCUGGCUCCAAAACUCUAACAGCACUUCAUCUUCACCCUUUGGUUGAUCAAAAAACAUCUUCCUCCAUCAUUACUAUCAACUUGGGGUGUUGGUUUAUUUCCUCAGGUCGGCAAUACACGUCCUCAGGUGUGGAAUCUAUUGUUUAAAACAAAUGAAAGAAACUAAAGAAAAUGCCUUCAUCAUUUAAGCUGUAAAAACAGUAACAUAAAACAGACUUAAUGAAAAAGCACCACAAAGCAGACAUUUUUUUUUAAACCUACCAUCUCCAAAUGCCAAAUUCUUGAGACUUUCAGAGUUCUUUUAAAAUGUGGUAAUCCAGGAUUCAUUUAAAUUUAAAACUUUUCCAAAGAGACCUAUUGUGAAAAUGUCAAUUAAAGUGCUAAACAUAAACUAUACAAUACUGAUAGUGCCAAUAAUAAUAGGCAUAGACUGUCUCUUAUAUAUGUUUUCUUUGCCCUAUUUUUAUACUAUAGUAGAUCUAUACAUUUAUACACUUUGAAUAUGAGUAAAGUGAGUAUACUUAUCACUACUUACUGUCUGUAUGUAGGCUAUUAGGCUAUCUAACUGUCUAUAGGGAUAAUAUAGCCCAGAUAGGCUAAACUGUAAACAACUAGCCUGGCCCUGGUGGGUGAGUCAUAUUUAUAUAAAUUGUUACCCACUCCAGUUUAAUACUGAAAAAGUUGCUACAUUUAAAAAUAAUUAAAUUAAAAGAACACUAUUCCUGCAUUUUUUUUGUGUACAUCAAUUUUUUUCAGUUCGUUCAAAAAUUUACUAAAGCUGAGGUCAAGAAAAAAGGAGCUAAACUGUCCUACGUGGAAAUAUUGGAGACUGUGGAGGAACUCUGCCAUGAUGAAUUCAAAGAGUAAGUUGUGAUGAUCCCAGAUUUAUUUAUUAACUUGUGCUAUGAGUGAAAAGCUCAUUUUGUUCUGGCGAAUUAGGAAACUCGAAUUUGAAACUCUAUUGUGAGUAAAUGCUAGAAUCAUGAACAUAUUGAUCAAAGUUCUUAUAAAAAUAAUAGUUUCAAAAGUGCUGAUUGGUGAAUAUAGUAAUACUUGGAAAAGGUCAAGAUUCUGCAGAGCCAGCAUAUUAUCUUCAAAACAGCUUCAGUCCUUAGACAAAAUUUUGACAUUUCUUUGUCUGAAUUUAUCAAUGUGGCAUUGCGAAAAUUAGUUGUUUCCAAAAAUAGAAGACUGGUGCUUGGAAAAAAUCUGAUGUCACUUUGUCUUUGCAGGUAUGUAUUCUGCGAUCAUAUUAUUCCAGUCUGGCCACAAUAUGUAGGGUAUAUUAUAUAUAUUAUUAUUAUUAGUAUUAAAGCAGUCUUAUAUAGCACAGUACCCAAGCCUAGGGCUAGGCUCACCGCGCUUCACAUAAAAAAUAGGAAUUACGGAAAAUUAUACAUUUAAAAACAGCUUUUUCAAAAGAUUGACCUCACCCACCCAAGUACUUUCUACCCCUGUCUAGCCAUGGGCAGCUCCCAGCAGCAUCAAACAUUGUUCAUCAGUCAAAGUUGGGGGAGGGGGGGGGUUUGAGAAUGAGUCGGUAUAGUAUAUACAUAUGUAGAUUUUAUUUGGAUUGUUGGACAGGGGUCUGAAUUAUUUUCAUGUGUUUGUAUGCCAAUUCUCUAUGGGAUAUGCAUUGUGUAGAAUAAUAAUAAUUUAAAAACGGACUAGGACAGCUUAGAUUACAAAUUUUUGUGUGGAUAAUAUGCGUUUGGAAAAUCAACACUACAAAUAACUCCUUGAGCAACAUCUAUUGUUUUAACUCGUUCUCUUAAUUGUGCUUGAGACUGCUCUAGCUAUACAAUGCCUCAUUUGUCACUUGUUUACCUUAUUGAAUCUUUGCAAUGGGCUGGUCCACUGUUCCAGUAUUAAACAGAAACUCGUCCCUCUCCCCCAUAGACAGCGACGAGGCCAUGACAGGCAAUUCAGGCUCCUAACAGCAAGAAGCCAGUAUAGGAGCUGCUCAUUCCUGCCCAAGACAAUCAGGGACUGGAACAAUCUUUCAAAAGGAACAGUUGAGGCGACAACACUAGACACAUUUGUGUCUAUCGCCUCAAGCCUUCAAACCCCUAGUGCAUGAUUUCCUCAACACCAGUAACAGAAACUUUGCAAAUCCCAUCUACAUGCAUAGGAGCCAAAAUGAUCAAUAAAUUGAUCGUGGGCCCUUAAGAUAUAGAAGAAGAAGAUUUCUUACUUUAUUUUGAUAAUCGAGUAUUUUAAAACCAUUUUUUGGAGCCAUGGUCACUGCAAUCAACAUUAGUUAUAGAGAUUUUUAAAAAUAAACAAAUAUGUCCUGAUAAACAGUCGCUGAAACGGUGGAACGUAUUUUUCUGGAUGAACAAAGAUUAAAUUUUGCGACAAAAACCAUAUAUGAUGAAAAAAAAAGGCUGAUGAAUGUCAAGGUUCCACUUUACAUAGUCAUGUCUGUUUGAUUAGAUGUAUUAUUAUUUUUCAUGAAAUUGUUUACUUGAAUUCAAGGAUUUGUUAUUUUGCCGGAACCAAUAUAGACAAAAAAUACUUGAUGCUUAUCAUUAAUCCAAUUCAUUUUGAUGACAUUGAUAGAAUUGGUGUCAAGAAUGUACUUGGACACAAUAGAUUUUCUGGUCCUGGCCUCAACACUGCUCAGAUGUCUGGCAUGGUCGAUGCUGGGGGUGUAUGGAAAAAUAGGUAUUUGCAGUUCUGAAAGUAUUUUAAUUCAUUUACCAUUACCUUACAAAAUAUAAAGCUUAUCCUCAUUAUUUUGUUCCAAAUGUGAUAUGCUGUGAUUAAAUAUAUAUUUAUUUAUAAGCUGCCUCAUCAAAGUGGUGUAUCCUAUGUAAUCCUUAGUAAUGUGAGACUCGCUUAAUUCAGUUUUAAUGAAUACUUUGUCUUCUAGAAUGCAAAAACUAUGUGAGGAACUGGUUGGUGAGUUUGAAGAAGAUGGAAUAUAUGCCAUGUGGGAUGAUCCCGAGAUGUCUUUUGAAGCUGAUCUGUGCAGCAGCUAUUGCAGAAAUCAAAGACGUGCAAAUACAGAACUUUGACAUGGACAUAUGCACUUGUAUAACUGUUAUUCUAAGUUUUAGAUUUUUUUAAUAUGCAUUUGGUACUUAUCAAAGUUCUAAGGACUUUAAAUUUGUAUAAUUUUUAGAAAAGUAGUUUUUAUAAGAUUACCAUGCAGCAAGAUUGUUUGCCACAUGAAAAUUGACUUUAGAUUUUAAAAAUUUUCAGCAUGUUGCCUUCUUUACAUUCCUUUUUAAUGACUGUUGUUAUUUUCUAUUAUUUUUUGCUUUAAACGUAUUGAGGACUACUUCAAAUUUUAAUUAUUUUAAGAUGUUCAAUUUUUGCACAAUACAUUAUUAAAUAUUUGUUCCAAUCUUCCAAUCUAGUCAAUGUUUUAAAAAAAAAUGAAUUUGUUUGGACUUUUUAGUUACUGAAUUAUUAAGUAUUGAUAAUGUAUGCUAAGCUACUGAAUGCUCUAUGAAUAGAUAUGUGCUAUAUUUUAUGUUGUUUUUCCUCGGAGUCAUAUGCAAUGAGAGUGCCUUUGGAGCAGGCUUGAUAAAUCAAUAUUUAUUUUUGUAAUUUAGUUCUGUGUAAUUUUUAUCAAUGAGAAACAGCUAUGCCAUAUUGAUAUUUGUUAUGAACCAUCAUAUAGUUAUGACAUAAACUCCUAAGUUGUAGCCAACAUAUUCAUAUGUUUAAUCCUAACUUAAUAUUUCAUAUUAUGAAAACUUAAAAUACAAUUACACUUUAACUUUAAUUAUUCUCUGUUGCUUUGUCGAUGCACAAUAAUUUAUUUAUUUUUAAAAAUUUCUAUAUCAUUAAUUGUCUUAAUCAAUAAUCUGUGAUAUUUAUUUCUCUUCAGUUUUUUAAUGGCUAGCAUUUUUAACAGUAUUUUUUCAUUUGAAAACUAAAUGUUAAAUAUUUUUUAAUUUAAUGUUUGGAUAUUGAUAUUUCCUUUAAUGAAUAAAUAAAAACUAUUUUUCUUGAGUUGAAUAUAUUUUUAUGAGAUUAUUUACAGUAGCUUGUUUGAAAAUGUUUUUCUGUUGUUUUUUUUUUUUUUGUUUUUUUUUACAGAGGUUCAUGUUUUACAAAGUAUCUGCCCUUUCAAACUAUAGGUUAAGCAAUUAAAAACAUUACACCCCUAAACUAUUUUUCUUGAGUUGAAUAUAUUUUUAUGAGAUUAUUUACAGUAGCUUGUUUGAAAAUGUUUUUCUGUUGUUUUUUUUUUUUUGUUUUUUUUUACAGAGGUUCAUGUUUUACAAAGUAUCUGCCAUUUCAAACUAUAGGUUAAGCAAUUAAAAACAUUACACACCUAAGUAUAAGAUCAAAAUUAGGAGUUGUAGGUUCUAUGGCUUUAGGUAAAAGCUAAUGAACUGUUUUAAUUUGGAUAUUUGACAAGAUAAAGGGGAGAGAAUUUACAUCUGAAAUAAAAAACCAUUUUAAAAGCUAUAAAUUUACUGCAAACAAUUAACAAGUUUGAAGCAACAAGUCAUUUAGUUUGAGUAUACUUGAUCACCAACUUUACAAGAGUAUUUUGUCUAGGACUUGACAUGGGAACAGGAUACAUUGUAAAUGCACUCAAAGUUCUCUGACAACACAAAGCUUCUUAAAACUGGCGUGUGUAGAUAGAUCUGAGUUUUUGAACCAGGCUGCUGGACUCGGUCUUGGGAGCUUGCAGACAUUCCUGGGGAGGGAUGAACAGUUCAGGAUCAACGAUUCCCUGGACGAGGUCGUAGAUGC